GUUUUCUUUCGGGACGGUUUUUGAAGUUAAAAAAAAAAAAUCGCAUUUUUCUUGAACAUCGGUUGAUGAGUUAGUGUGUGUGUGUGUGUCUAGUGUGUGCGUGUGUGUGUUUCUCGCUCGACGAGCUACUGGCAGUGAAUUUUUUUUUUCGUGUGAUACUUAAUCAACACCAUCCUGAUUUCCAUUUUUGUUGGUGUUUGGAGUCAAUGAAAAAAAAAAAGGAAGAAACUUCCUUGAAGGAUAUGAUUGGAGGAAUUUAAAUCGUUUUGAUUUAUAAAAAGAAAGAAAAUACAUCGGAGGAGACGUUAUGGAAACUAAUGUGCCUGCGUUAUCGUCGCGAUCGGAUUGCAAUUUGAACUGGAUGACCCGCGUACCGUCCCCUUUCCCGCCGGGCGUUGUUGAGCACCUCCCGCCGGACGGACGACUUCAUCAUCAAAGGAGAGUAGCAGAGACAGCACCAGAAACGGCCAACGUAAUGAAUUAUCCAGUUCAGCAGCCAAAGGUUUUGAUGACACGAACGAAAGUGGAGACGAUGGGCGAUCAACGUCGCGCUCCUCCGCCUCCUCCGCCGAGAGGUGUUACCCUGCGUUCGCCAUCUGCUGUUAUCGCGCCUUUGGGCGCUUGUGGAACGGCUCGUCCGCCUUCGUCGACGUCCGCCAGCACGUCGUCCGCCAACCGACUCCAUUUCAAAACGGCCAACGCCGCCAAUGCCCCCAAUGCCAUUACACCUGCCAUUAAGCCGGCGAUGAAGGAACACGUUCCAGCCGAACUGUCCGCUGGAUUGUCUGGCCUACAUCAUCAGCAAGGCUACCUGGAAACCCGUUACGCCUACAGCGUCAACGGCAUUCUCGGAUCGGCCGCCCAGGCCUCAGCCGCUGCCGCCUUCUUCGCCAGAGCUUCGCAGAAAUUGAAUCUGGCGUCACCUCAACGCCGGAAGCGGCACGGAUCUUCGGAUGGAGCCGAAUCGCCCAUUCCGGCCGCGGUUCACCGCUUCGGAACGGAUUUCAGCGGACUGCUACGUCGCAACCCGCCGCCGCCUACGCCUCACCUCCUCCGACGUCUCGGGCUCCGAGAGAACCCCGGAGUCGGCAAAGUGAGGGUAAUGCUGCGAGUAGCGGGCGACCCAACGACCUCCAACUUUCUCAGCGUCGACAAGAAGCGCAAACAGUUGACGCUUCAAGAGCCCGGUAAUCAUACUUCUCUGACGUUAGCGUCGUCCUCGUCGUCGGAGAAAGAGCAUCAAGUCGGCGCCGAGGACCGUCGCGUGGGUGUGGCCGCGCCCAAAAUGUUCGCUUUCGACGGCCUCUUCACCGCCGCUGACAAUUCUCAGGGCGACGUAGCCGCAUCGGUCCUGAGCGACAUCGUCACCGCCGUCAUUAAUGGUUCGGACGGAUGCGUUUUCUGCUUCGGUCACGCUCAACUGGGUAAAACGACGACGAUGGUGGGUUCGUGUUCGGAAGACAUCGGGCCGGGACUGAUGCCCACAGCCAUCUCUUGGCUAUUCCGCGGCAUCGGAGAGCAGAAAAACAAAACGGGAGCCCGUUUCUCCGUCCGAGUUUCGGCCGUCGAGAUAGCCGGCCCGUCUGAAGUUCUCCGCGAUCUUCUAGCGCCGCACGCUACUGAAUCCGAAGAGUCGCCCGGCGUCUACUUGCGCGAUGACCCUCUGCUGGGCACUCAACUGCAAAACCAGAGCGAGCUACGUGCUCCGACGGCCGAAAAAGCUGCUUUCUAUCUGGACGCGGCUCUGGCGGCCCGCACUGAUGCCUCGUCUCCGGAUGCCCGUUUCUCUCAUUUGCUCUACACUUUGCACGUCUACCAGUACAGCGUCGAUCGGAACCCUAGCCGAACUGGCAGCAGUGGUCACACCACUGGCGGUAGUACCAGUUCCGGGGUGGCUGGAGGACGAUCACGACUUCAUUUGCUGGAUCUCGGUAGUUGCCAACAAACCGGACGGCCUGCCGGAAAUGGCCAAUCGUCAGCCAACAACAUGACACUAUCCGGUUUGGGUAAUGUGCUGGUGGCCUUGUUCAACGGUCAGCGGCAUCUACCGCAUCGUGAACAUAAAAUCACGCAAGUACUUCGUGAGUGUCUCGGAUCGCUCACCUGUCAAGCCGCUCUAGUGGCUCACGUUGCCGCUUCAUCCUCUUACUCGGAAACCCUGUCCACCGUACAGAUGGCGUCCAGGGUGCACAGGAUGCGGCGUAGGAGGAUGAAAUACAAUAACGCUGGAUCUGGCGGAUCGGGAUCAGGCGGAAGCAGUGAAGAUUCCAGUCGACUGGGGCUCUCUCGCUCUUCGGGUGGUGAAAGCUCGACAGGCGGUUCGGCUGAUCCUUCUAGCAGCGAGCAGUCGUGUGACACGGUCAUCUACGUCGGUCCGAUCGAUGACGCUACCGACGGCGAACAUCCGCCCGUCUAUUUGCCAAGUCUCAAUUCUGGCGACCACCGUUGCUCCAUGUCCCGGGCGCUGAGAGGCUCCACUGUGGACCGACCGGCUGGCCAAUCAGGAAGGAGUCCAGUUCACCACGCAUCCAAGAAGGAAACAACAACAGUCGCUCCUUCACGUUCGCCACAAAUUCAGCGUAAAGUGGCCAAAUGCGAUCCUGCCCAGCAAUCGAGCAAGCAUAGUAAUGUCGGUAGUAGCGGCGGCAACAAUGAAGAGCAGUGGAUCGACGGGCCGCGGUUCAAUAAAACGCGCAUCUCUCAAGCUCGGAUGCAAGUUGUCCGGCAUCAACGCGAAAUGUGGGUCGAUGGCCCGCCUGUCGAACCUGCCCAACCGCCGACAGCGUCCGUCAUUGCUCCAGCUGUGAAUCCAACUCCGCUAGGAUACGGUUUCAUGGAUCAGCACAAACAAGGAAUGAUCCGCCAGUGGGUGGAAAACCAGAGCGUCCAGCAGAGACAUCCAGCGGUGCGGACUAACGGCCAAAUGUGGAUCGAUGCGCAGCCUCGUCCGGCCCCCGAGCCAGGCACUCCAGUCAAGGUCUUAACUGUCUUCAAGACAUGCCCGGAUGACGAAGAUGAAGCGAAAGAAGUCGAUAACACAACGUCACCCGCUGAAAAUAUCCGUUCGCCCAGAGUAAGUCGCCAUACGACUCCAGUGAAGCAGUCUCGCAGAAAAGCCGAUCCUUCUCUAGCGGAAGAAGUCACCAUUUCAUCCAAUCCCAAACAGCCACCAGAAGAGAAGCUCAACUGCUUGAGCGGCGGCGUCAACAUUGAAAGCGCUGAGCCGACGGCCUCCAGCUUAACGCUGGAGCAGCUCUACUCGCAAUGCGAACAGCUGGCCGACUCGCUUGUCCACGAAGAGGAAGAAGAAGCCGGACGUCGUUUCGUCGAGGAUUUGUCCACCGACGAAGCCUCCGAUGACCUUUCGGCCGCUUUGGAUGUCACAUCCGAACAGGUUUCCAUCAGCUGCGAUUCGUGGAGGCGUGUCCGGCAUCGCGACGAUGACGACAACACCACAGUCACGGAAUUCAAAGUCUGUGAGGUGGCCAACCAGAGAGGCCGUCAUGCGUCUCCGAUGCACGGACGCGGCGGGGAUUACAGUCCCGAGUACAUCGAGGUCGAAGAACCCGAUGAGCCUGUGCCCACACAAGAUUCGUGUCUUCAAGUGACCGAGGAAGAUAUCGCUUUCUCCAUGAUGGAAGCCUUGGAGGCUAAAUGUAACGACCUUCGCAGUCUCUCUAGCUGCGCCGAGGGCGACGAACAUCCACUCAGAGCCCUUUCGCAAGAUAAUUUGACUGUCAUUUCGCACUUUACGGGCGAGACCUACUCGCAGGGCACGGCUUCCGAAUGGGAGCCAAUUGGCUCUUCCAUUUUCGAUCCGAUGCCGUCGUCAUCGGCGAUGGAGAACGUCGAUUUUUAUCAGACGCAACUGGAACAGCUCGCCAAGCUGCACCAGCAAAUCUACCAGCAAUCUGCCGCUGGAAACGCUGCUGGAACUUUGCAUCCUACGCCACUCAGUGCUCUUACCAACUGUAACAUUGGUUCUUUCAAGGAUCUACCGCUGCUCACCCAGGACUGGAACAGCGUGGCUGUCAGAACCUCGCCCGGCAGAAACGGAAAGGGCCAAGAACCUCGUAAAGCACUGGUGUCGACUAUCGGUAUGGAGCUGGAACGCGAACUGGGCAUCCAAGACGCCAACCAAGCGGCAAUUUUGUCUUCGCUAAGACAUCCGGACGGGGCUUCCGAUCCGCAUUUGGAUCAGCAUUCUGGAAGAACUUACGAAAGUGCCCGUUCAUGUGAGGUACAACAAGAGCAACAGGAAAGGUUACCGGGCAACGGAGCAUCCAACUCUGAUCCUGAGGAAGAGAUGGCCAUAAAAUCUAAUGCAAUUAACAGCGCAGCAACGAUGGCUAGCCUGGUCCCUGAACGAGAGUGCAAAAGCUUUAACGAAGAGAACAUCGUUGAACACGAGAAAGUAAUUCAUCAUAAAACGCCGAAACUAAGCCGUUUUUUCUCCGGCUCCAAGAACAAGCAACAGUCAAGCUCGGUCACUAAGCGCAACACGGCCACCAGCACGGCGGCCAGCCCCGUACCAACUCCCAAAGCGACGUCAUCAGCUAAAGCGUCGCCCAAGGUCGAGAAGCGCUCAAAGAGCCGAGAAAAUACGAGUAAACACAAUUCGCCCGCCAAGUCGCUCUCCAAAUCGCCGUCUCGCAUCGAUCCGACCACUUCUGCCUCGAUUCCUCCAUCGCCCAAGUCGCAAUCGUCCAAAUCCAGCAACAAAAAAGAUAAAGUGAAGGCCAGCUCGUCGCACAAGAGCCCAAAGAAGGAUUCGAAAAUCAACUGGGAUGGAAAAUCGUCCAGUUCCAAGCGCGACGUCAAGUCUUACGGAUUCAGCUACGAAAGCUGUCAUCAAACGGCGCCUAGCUCAUUGUGCCCUUCAGAGGGUUAUGAAAGUGGCGGAUCAGACUCUGGCGUGCACCUCAGUGCAGCCUCUCCCAUCAAGAACCGGAGGCAUGCCCAGCAGACUCAGCAACAACAACAAAUUCGCCGUCAGCACUUGAUGCCGAUCGGUGAAAUGCCCCGGAAGAAUUUUUCCAGUGGAACGAGCACCAGCGGAUCGGGCGGUUCUGGUGGAUCCGCUGGCCAUUACGAGAGUUCCGGCUAUGAAAGUGUCAUUCGUGAUAGCGAAUGCUCUAGUUUGGGUUCCAGCAGCCAAGACUCGGAUCGCAUGGUCGAAGCCGUUCCCUUGGCUCUCGCCAUUAGCACUGGCAAACAAUCUGCUGCUAUUGGUCAAUCAAGCAGUUGCACGAUACUUUAAGAAAAAAGAAUUGAGGAAUGAGACUUAAAAG